AACAUGUUCACAGCCGGAACUGACACGUCAUCAAGUACAGUAGAGUGGGCCAUAGCGGAGCUAAUUAGACAUCCGAAAAUCUUAGCCCGAGUCCGACAAGAGUUAGACUCGGUUGUCGGUCAAGACCGCCUCGUCAUGGAUUCGGACCUUCCUCAACUAACCUACUUCCAAGCUGUAAUCAAAGAAACCUUCCGGCUCCACCCAUCGACGCCACUCUCCCUCCCCAGGAUGGCCGCCGAGAGCUGCGAGAUCAACGGCUACCACAUCCCCAAGGGCUCCACGCUCUUACUCAACGUGUGGGCCAUAGCGCGGGAUCCAAAAGAAUGGUCGGAGCCGCUGGAGUUCCGACCCGAGAGAUUCUUACCAGGCGGCGAGAGGUCCAAUGCCGAUGUCAGAGGGAAUGAUUUUGAGGUCAUACCGUUUGGUGCUGGGCGGAGAAUCUGCGCCGGAAUGAGCUUGGGGUUGCGGAUGGUGCAACUGCUGACAGCGACACUAGUGCAUGCGUUUGAUUGGAAGCUGGCCGACGGGUUGAAACCAGAGGAAUUAAAUAUGAUGGAGGCCUUCGGGUUGACAUUACAGCGAGCUGUGCCAUUGACGGUGCACCCCCGACCGAGGUUGGCCCGCGAUCUUUAUUGAAGAAUCUAAGCGCUGGGCCAGGGAGAACUAUGACUGUUAAUUUAAAAAAAUGUUUAAAACCUCAAAAGUUUAUUAGUUAUGAUCGUAAGCCUUAAAUUAAUUUUUAAUUACUCA